AUGAGUAAACCGACGCGAAUGCCGUAUUUCAAUCAGGCCGGCGGUAAGGAGCAGGUGGUGCUCGCCGAGGGCUACCUGCCCACCGACAAGAUCUUCAAGAUCGACCGCUACCUGCGCUACUUCGGUAUGCUGUCCCAGAGCAUCGAGGACUACCUCCAGGGCAACAUCCGGGGCAAACUCAAGCGGCCCACCAAACGCCUCUACGGGCUGGCCGUCCUGUCCCUCAUGACGAUCGUGUUCUCGAGGAAUAUGAUACUGGCGUUCGUGGACGACCCGGACGUGCGUAACGUGUUGGGCGAGGCGGCGCCCGGGCGACCGGCCAAGCAGUUCACGAUGGCGUUGACCCUGUGGUCGAUCUACUCGUUCCUCAUCUCCCGGCUCUUCUACAGGGCCGAGAAGUUCCGCUGGAACUCCUGGUUAUCGCCAUUCGCGGUGUUCAAGGGCUUCAUACCGCCCUCCAUCAUGGGUUUGGACACCGAGAUGACCGACCACUGGUUCGCCAAAACCAAGAAAGUCUUGGCUCAGAUGGCGCUCUUCACGAACAUCAGGGCCGCGUUGGGCUCAAUGAUGAUGGCGUGGGUGGCCUACGCCCGGCUCCGGUCCAAUUCGGUCAGCCAGCCCUUCGCCCUCCUCUGGGCCACUAUACUGAUCGUGUGGGUGUACUAUUGCACCGCCUAUGCCUACAUAGGCUACGGCCACUUCAUAUCGUUGGCCUACUAUUUUCGGAUGCGUUUCCAUAAAGUCAAUGAGGAUAUCGAGUCCAUCAUAGCGCCAGACAACCGCAUGAAACCAAAUGAACGGUGCGCUACCCUUCACCACGUCCUCAAUGAACACAACGAGUUGUGCAUCAAAAUCAAGCAGUAUAACGUGUUUUGGGCCAAGUAUCUGAUGUACACCUACUUCAUGUUUGUGGCCAUUAUCUGUUACUCAACAUUUCAGGCAUUCUUCACGUACAACAGGACUUUGGUGAGGGCCGUCAUGUUUAGCCUGGCGCUCGAGUCCGCGUACCUCAUCACCAAAGUGUCGAUCGCCGCGUCCCGUAUGGCUAAUGAGCUCCGUAUGUUUAUCCAGCGCCUAUCGGGGCCUACAAUCGGUUUCUAUUGUCUGGACCUCUUCGAGAUCACGUACUCGACGUACGCUUCUAUAAUCGCGGCUUUGGGUCAAAACUUUCUCCUGAUCGUGGAUUUUGUGAGAUCUUAUGCCGAGCUAAAGGAGGAACAAUCGCAGAGCGAUUUAGACAUUCCUCAGGUGUUUGAUGUCAUCACGAACUCCACCUUUGAUUUGAAUCCAUUGUCGCUGACGAGCGGUUCCCUUCAGGGAGCCCUUCCCGAGACUCUUACAGACGGUGAUGGGGAUAGGGAUUCCGACUCAUAG